ACGAUCCUUUUCCAUAGCACGAGCAAGAUGGUGAACGUGCCGAAGACCCGCCGUACGUUCUGUAAGGGAAAGUGCAAGAAGCACACAAUCCACAAGGUGACGCAGUAUAAGAAAGGAAAGGAUUCCAUCUUCGCUCAGGGCAAACGUCGUUACGAUCGUAAGCAGCGUGGAUUCGGAGGACAGACCAAGCCUAUCUUCAGAAAGAAGGCUAAGACCACCAAGAAGAUCGUUCUGCGUAUGGAAUGUGCUGAUUGCAAGACCCGUAAACAGCUCCCCAUCAAGCGAUGCAAGCACUUCGAAAUCGGUGGUGACAAGAAGAGGAAGGGACAGAUGAUUCAGUUCUAAUUCCCUUCAAGUCUGUCGUUCUGUUAAUAAACGGUCGAUGUCCUGAAGGAA